UGAUCUGCAUUGAUAUUACAUUCAUAUUUAUGGUAUCCGUCUGAAUAUAAAAAUAAUCAUUUAAAGACUAAUCAUUUAAUAAGCUAAUGUUUGUUGGCGAAAUGACAGCUCGGUGCUCCUCAGACUUUUUGCUCUGAAACCCACAGAACAGGAAGACACUGAGUUUGAGGUGAGAUAGUAAAGUUUGUGACUUUAAAAGAACAGUCUUAAGCGAUGAAGGAAAGGAGCCAGCUAAAUAACUCAGACACAUACGCUCCACCUCCUAACGGUCAAAACCUACAUGAAAAAGAGAGAUUUGAAGUUAGACUUGCAGCUGACAGAGAUAGACAAGAGAGAGGAGGGCGAGAUAGCAAGUCAGCUUUAAGAUCCUGUUUCUGCGACCUUUCAGCGCUGAGUGGACUGUACCUGGGAUGUGUGGCCUGGUGAGCUGGGGUUUCUGGAUAUUCUGUUAGCUGAGUGUUUAAUAUGGUCAUGUGAAAAAGAAAGAGAACCAAAAAAAGAAGAGAAACUUCAUUUUUGCUGCUCUCACUGUCAGUCGGCGUCAUAUCAAACUGCUUGAUGGCUGUUACACAGGCUGUGCUCCCUUCCUUCAGCUCCUUCUCCAACCUCGCUCACUCCAGUGACAAUAUGAAAAAAUCAACAGCUCUGAUCAGUAUGCCAACACAGAUGAAAUAUCAUUAUCAAAUAAAAUGGAACAAACUACUCACUCAACACGCUCAGGGACAAAGGGUACCACCUCAAUGGAAGUGAAAACAUUGAAUGAAUUCCGUCAGGAUACUCAAUGCACCUGUGUCAGCUGUGCCUGCUUCCAGGGAGUGUGCUCUUGUGCUCCCCAAUACAGCAGUCAUGUGACCUCCACCUCCAACAGUGCAUAUAGACAUGUGUGGAAGUCUGAGAGUGGCUCUCUUCCUCUGGAUUCUCUAAGCAACAAACUCUCACCAAGCAGCUCUGAGCAGCUGCAGGUCUCUCAACAAAUGACAGAGGAGCUCCUGGACGAUGAUAGCCAGGCAUCCUGGGACAUUGAGUUCCUGCUGUCUGACUGGAGCAGCCAAUCGCCUGACCUCAACCCCUCUCUGGACAACAAUGAUCAACGGCUCCCACAACUGGACACAAACAGAGCAUACCAAGACCAUACCAUGUUUAAGGACCAACCGGGGCAGGAGCACCUGCAGAUGAACAGUUGCAGUCUCAUGGCGGAUCUCCUGUCCCCUGCUGAAACCACAACGCCGGUCCAGCAAGAGCUGUACCACCAUGGUUAUAUUGAUGACCAAACAGGUCUGACUACAUAUCCCAGUCUACCUAAUGUAGACCAGUUUGGUUUUCCCCAAGGAGGCAGUGUGGAGAGGCACAGCAGAGGAAACCUCAGUAAAGUCUCAUCAUGUGACUUUAACCCUUACUAUCCCCUGCAUCACCCCUCCAUGGUGACCUUCCCCGACAGCAGGUUCAUACCACCUCAAGCUGUGGCCCCUGACCCUCGACACUACAGCUACAUGCCACACUUUAACCAUAAUGGCAACCUCUUCUGUGACUACGCCCACAGCCAGGCCGCUGGUCACCUGCCCCUUCACCAGCAGCCUGUACUCGGCGGACCACAGCUGCCCCCUGGUGGGGUGGAGGGGAAGCGUGGUCGAAGGCCUACAGGGAAAAAGAGGCCCGCCAUCCACAGCUGUGAAUACCCUGGCUGCAGCAAGACCUACACUAAGAGCUCACACCUCAAAGCUCACCUCCGCACCCACACAGGGGAAAAGCCUUACCACUGUUCAUGGGAGGGCUGCAGCUGGAAAUUUGCCCGCUCAGAUGAGCUGACGCGCCACUACCGCAAGCACACAGGCCAAAAACCCUACGAGUGUCUGCUGUGUCAGAGGGCCUUCUCCCGCUCUGACCACCUUGCUCUGCACAUGAAGAGACACACCUGAUGCUCUUAAUUACCUCUUAAUUUCACCUAAACAAAAAAUUUAAAAGGUAGAACACUUAUGAUGACUUGGAUAUUCUUUGAAGUUUGAAUUGACUGAACAGAUAAAUUGUGACCUCAGGUAUUAGCUGAACAUGUUCACAGUAUUAACUUUAAAUCUGUACUUGAUUAUCUGGCUGGUUAACAAUACAGGCUCACAUGUAAACGUGAAAUUAUCUCUUUUCUGUAUAAUUAAAACGUUAUUACAUUUAAAAGAGUACUCCACCAUCGUUACAUGGCGCCUACAGUACCCACAAUGCAGUUCUGUUGGACAUUUAUAUGUGUUAUGGAGCGACGUUUGGUUAGCUCACUUCUUUCUAACACCACACCCCUAAUGUUUUAAAAUGUUUAAACUUGUGCUCUUCAGCUCCAGCCAACACUGAUUCAUUGACAUCACUUAAGGCAAUUUGUCAAUCCUCAACUUAAAGUUGCUCCCAAACAAAGGCCUAAACCCAAAAAGCAAGAUUUUGUCCUUACUCGACCUACUGAAGAAUUGAUGAUUGGCCAAAAUGUCCACACAUUGAUGUCUAAAAAUCUAAUUGGUCCUUUUAAAGUACUUUGUGAGAACCAGCACAAGAACACGCUCAUAUUGUAAAGCUAGCACGCUUUCAGCAAUAAGGGCCACUUACACUUACACUGUACACACUGUGGGCAUGUAUGACAGCAAACAUUAACACUAACAAAAGACCAACCAAUGUGUGUAAUAUGGGCUAUAGUAUAUCCUGUAGGAUCUCAUGGCAUGCUGAACAAACGCUGAACAAUGCUUGGCUGUAUUACUGCUGAGAUGGUCUGAUAUCUUUGUCUGAUUUCCGUUAGAACAAUAAUGAUUGUAAAAAACCAACAAACUAUAAGGUAUACGAUAAAAUGUGAUUAUACAGUGAAUUCAGGGUUAUGUAUAUUUGUCACAUAACUUUAUGUUUGUCUGUUUGGGGGUAUUUUAAUUUAAGAAAAAAACAUAUGCUUUUGUCUCUCUCAUCAAGCAGAAUUUAAAACUGUAAAUAAUCUGCAGCUUUCUUAGUUGUUUAUAACCAUUUAAAAAUGAGCAACAUAUUUAUUAACAUAAUGUUUUAUAUCAACAGAAGAUACUAUAUUAUUAUACAAUGUUUUUUUAUUCUCAAAAGAGUGCUUUAAAGUCUUAAUUAUUGUUUUCAUUGUCAUAAUAAAGACCUCUAAUGCUGUAAAA